GUCUCGCGUGACUUCUGCACCUGCAGUUCAAGUCACGCACGUGUUUCGCACAAAAGUCUGCAACAAAGAGCAUAACAAUGUGAACUUUUUGCGCGAAUAAACCGAGUCGCGUAAUUCGUGACGUCGAUAUCAAACUCGUCUUUGAGAGAAAUAUUAUCGCUCGCAGGCCGGUGUGUAAAUUAAUAAAUACUUGGUCGUCUGCUAGAAUAUGUAGUAGCCCUCGCGAAUUUUUAGCGACGCAUGAAUUUUCGACAGAACUUUCAAACUAUUCGACGAUCGUUUAUGAUACAGUUUUUCAUCGAGGUUGCGUUAUCGCGUUCGAUUGAAAUGGAAUUUUCUAGCCCGUGGCGAAGCAUCGCCGAUUUGCGAUUGUAAUGAAGACAGGCCUGCAUAAAUCAAAUGCGCGCGAGAAGGUCAUUGAAUGCAGCAAAAAAGAAAGAGAAAGAUAUUUAGACCAAGUUUAUAGUUUGUACAACUUUUUCCAUUUAUCGACAAAAGAUGUGCCAUUGUUGUUUUUGUCUAAAAUGAAAUAAUGCAAAUUCAAACUAAAAAUCUGCCUUUGAAGACUGCUUAUGUAAUAUAAAAUCAAAUAUUUGAGAAAGUAUUGAGUUGUUUACCGGUGCUCAGAAUAUUUCCAUUUUGAAGUUUGUUUAAAAGUUCACUUAACUAUUCAAUAUAUGAUAUCGCUAUCAAAUUUAAGCAAACUUUAUUUUUUAAAAUAUGUUGCUAUUCAGAGAAAGAAAGAUAUUAUCUUUAAGUAGCUUAUUAAAUCAAUUGCAGCCAAAUGUGAGAUGGAAUUCUUCACUAGGCUCCAAUUUAAAAUACAAAGACAAAGAAGCUGUACAGCCAGAUAGAUCAUUCAAAUAUGCUGAUCUGUCAGUGCGAUUGGCUGCUCCACAUCAAUUACAAGCCAAACCAAAUGUCAGUGAUUUGGCAUUUGGCAAAUAUUUCACUGAUCACAUGUUAAAAAUAUUCUACUAUGAAUCUCUUGGGGGUUGGCAAGCACCAGAAAUCACACCAUUUGAAAAUUUGGUGCUACACCCUGCAGCCAAAGUUCUGCAUUACGCUGUAGAGUUGUUCGAGGGCAUGAAAGCUUACCGAGGAAUCGACGGGAAAAUUCGCAUUUUCAGACCGGACAUGAAUAUGGAGCGCAUGAACGCGUCAGCGGUGAGGUCGGGCCUACCGCAGUUCAACGGUAUCGAGCUGAUAAGAUGCAUGAACAGGCUCAUCAGUAUUGAUCAGGAAUGGGUGCCGCACUCGGAGGCGUCGAGCCUCUACAUAAGACCGACUCUCAUCGGUAUCGACCCAACCCUGGGAGUGGCGGCCUCGGACUCGGCGAUGCUCUACGUCAUCCUCAGUCCGGUCGGCUCGUACUUCAAGAGCCACGAGGCGGCCCGCGGCGUCUCGCUGCUCGCCGAUCCGCGCUACACUCGAGCCUGGCCGGGCGGCUGCGGCGAUCGCAAGAUGGGCAGCAAUUACGCGCCGACGAUCCACGUGCAGAAGGAGGCGACCGAGCGCGGCCUCCAGCAGGUGCUCUGGCUCUACGGCGAGGACCAUCAGAUCACCGAGGCCGGCACCAUGAACGUCUUCGUCUACUUCGUCAACGACGACGGAGAAAAGGAACUGGUGACGCCGCCGCUCGAUGGACUGAUCCUGCCCGGCAUCACGCGCAACUCCAUACUGUCGUUGUCGCGCGACUGGAAUCAGUUCAAAGUCUCCGAGAGAAGAAUCACCAUGACGGAAGUUUGCCGAUUGCUGUCGGAAAAUAGGCUGUUGGAGUUUUUUGGCGCUGGAACUGCUUGCAUAGUGAGUCCCGUCUCGUUCAUUCAGUACAUGGACCAGGAGCUGUACAUACCGACCCUGGACCACGCCGAGCCCAUUCACAGGACGUUCUUCCAACGCUUGACCGAGAUCCAGUACGGCUACGUCGAUCAUCCGUGGGCGAUGCCCAUCGAAUAAGUACAAAUUACCAACGACGCGAUCUUUCCUCGCGCGUACUGCCGAUUUUUUCUUCUCUCUCUCUCUCUCUCUAUCCUCUAUAUGUCUCUUUUUUGAUUGCGAAACCCAAAUUUGUCAGACAAAAUGCACCAAUUUGGCGAUUUUUCGAUCGACUUCAUACGACAAUUUUAAUGAAAUUAUAGCCGUUACUGCUUGUGCAAUGUAUAUGUGUAGGAGAUAUUACCAAAUGUAGAUUUAUAAUUGUGUUGAAUAUAGAUAAGUCAUUAUAAUUGCGUUCAUUCGAUUUUUUUAUUCACGAGUGUACAUAAUCAUUUUCAAAUUCAAAAGCUGCGCGAAGAUAAGCAAAUUAAUUUUAUAAAUAUAAAUGUUAUGUUUUCUAUGCUUCUCAACAAGAAAAAGCGUACAAUAAUACGACUAUAUAGUAUUUAAGAUAAACUUAUAACUACGGUUCAUAUAAAGCAAUGAACAAUUGCUGAGGCAAUGUUCGACUAUUUUCUGUGAUUACCGAUCCAAUCUUAUAAUAUGUUUGCGUUAGAAUUUUUUAAUCCCUAAACGAUAAUGUUAUUUUUCGAGAGAUAAAGAUUUUUAAAACCCCCUAGUAUUUAAGAGUUAAAGAUGUUCAUAAAUAUACGUGUACGAUAUUUUUUCGGGGAUAAGUGCAUUUUUCGUGCGCGCUUGUGCAAAUGAGCUUAAAAUGACGUAUCACGAAUGCAUACACGCAUCGCAUAGAUGCAUCGGAACGACGUAUUGUUACUAGUUGUUUUUAGAAAUGGAAUAAUAUUGUACACUUUUUUUUUUAAAGAAAAAACUCAAAACUUUGUUAUUACUGUUUAUUGAAGUUUUUGAAAAUAUUAUGUAGUUGU